AUGUUGACAUUAAUUUUAUUUUCAUGCUUUAUUUCUCUAUUAAUUAUUUAUAUUUUGUGUUUGAAAAAUAUCUAUGAAUAUUUUAAACGUCGAUCUAUAUCUGGUCCUACUCCAUCAUAUUUCUUUGGUAAUCUACGAACACUUUGGUCAUCUAAUGCUUACUCUCGACAAUUAGAAAAAUGGACACAACAAUAUGGACCAAUCUAUGGAAUGUUCGAAGGACGAACACCUGUUUGGAUUGUAUCAGAUAUUGAAUUUUUACAAGAAGUAUUUAUAAAACAAUUUCAAAAUUUUUCAUCAAGAAAAAUAACUGUUUUUUCUCGACCAUCUUCUGGAAAACGUGUAGGUUUAUUUGAUGCACAAACAAACAAAUGGAAACGACAGCGAUGUGUUAUUAAUGCAACAUUUACUCCAUUGAAACUAAAACAACUAACACCAUUACUUCUUAAUUGUAUUAAUGAAUUAUUUAAUGAACUUCCUAUUGAUGGACAAGAUUUUAAUAUAUAUGAAUCUUAUAAAAAAUUAACAAUGAAUGUCAUUUGUGUUUGUGUUCUCGGUAUUGAUACACAUUCAAAUGAUAUAUUUUUAAAAAAAAGUGCACUAUUCUUUUCGAAUGAUAUACGUAAACGAAUGAUUGCAAAACUUGGAAGUCUUCUACCAAUUUUUCGACCAUUAGUUGUCAAAAUAUUUACUCUUCAAAAUAAUAUACGUCGAAUAUCACAUAAUUUAUGUCCAUCUAUAUUUUUUCCAUCAUAUGAACUUUCUCCAAGUUUAUGGUUAAUCAAUCAUCUUGAACAAAUGGUUAAAGAUCGACAAACAAGAAAAUAUCAACGUUUAGAUUUAUUACAAUUGAUGUUAAAUGCUACUGCAACUGAACAAGAAAUCAUGCAGGAUGAAAACCAAAAGAAAUUAACAUAUGAUGAGGUUAUUAUGAAUGUAUUUUUAUUUUUGAUAGCUGGUUUUGAAACAUCAUCAACAGCUUUAGCUUGUGCAACAUAUAUUUUGGCAUCAAAUCCACAUGAACAAAUCAAAUUACAAGAAGAAAUUGAUCGUUCACCACUAAGUGAUGUUAAUGAUUUGGAACAAUUGGACUUAUUUGUUAAAGAAGUUCUUCGCAUGUAUCCAAUACCAAUUUCAUUUGUUAAUCGUCUUUGUCUCAAGGAUACAAUUGUUUGUAAUCAACAUAUUUCUCAAGGUGAUAUUAUACAACCUGAUAUCUAUUCAAUUCAUUAUAGUUCUGAACUUUGGGGUCCUUAUGAUCCGCAUGAAUUCUAUCCUGAUCGUCAUCGAGACAAUAAUCGAUCACCAAUGGCUUUUAUGGCAUUUGGUAAUGGUCCAAGAAGUUGUGUUGGUAUGAGAUUUGCUUUACUAGAAAUAAAAUUAGUUUUGGUAAAUCUACUUCGAAAUUACACAGUAUUGAAAUCAUCGAAACUCGAAUCCCAUUUCAAUAUAAGAGAAUUAACAUUGAUAGCACCAGAUGAAGUUUGGAUUCGACUUGAAAAGAGAACAUCAACAGUAUCUAAUUUAGACUCUUGA